AUGGCGAGCCUUCCUAAAGAUUACUUUGUUGCCUCCCUGCAGUACACCAAGAAUGUAUUCCAGGAUGUCUAUCCGGCUAUCGACCCAUCCAAGCCUACCAACUCUCUGGCUGGCAGGAUUGCCAUCGUGACGGGAGCAAGCCGCGGUAUUGGGGCCCGAGGCAUCGUGCCAUCUCUCGCCAAGGCAGGCCCCCACGGCCUGGUUCUCGUUGCGCGCGACGAGGCAAAGCUACAAGACGUCGAGAAGGAAGUCCACCGCAUCAAUCCAGCCGUCGAGACUCUACUUGUUGCGCUAGAUAUCACAAGCGAAGCUGCUGUGGCAUCGCUCUUCGACAAGAUCAAGGCGCGAUAUGGCCGACACGCAGACAUUCUCGUGAACAAUGCCGGGGUGAACGUGGCCACGAACAAAGGCGGUCCGACGCUCCAUGAAGCCAGUGUCGACGAAUGGUGGCUUAAUUUUGAAAUCAAUGUCAAGGGCUUCUUCAUCGUAUCCAAAUACUUCAUCUCCGCCCUUCCAACUCCAACCACUCCCGCAACAAUCAUCAACAUCAGCACCUCAGGCGCCUGGCUCGUGUAUCCCAUCAUAGCCCCCUACAGCGUCAGCAAGCUCGCCAGCCAGCAGUGGUGCACCCAUCUUCAUGCGGCCUACGGGGACACGCUCAACGUCGUGAGCAUCCAUCCGGGUCUCGUGGACACGGACAUGAACAAGGACUUUCUCGACUUUGACCUCGACUCCCCCACGCUGACGGGCGGGCUGUGUGUGUGGAUCGCCGCGGAUCCAGCAAGGUCUGGAUUCCUCGGCGGGAGGGUCAUAUCGGCGAAUUGGGAUGUCGAAGAGCUGGUGGCUCGCAAGGAUGAGAUUGUGGCGAAGAACGAAUUGAGGAUGGAUUUGGUGGGCAAGUUUGGCAGGGAGCAGUUUGAAACUGCUUAA